GAUAACUGGACAGCUCUUAUUUCAGCAGCUAAAGAAGGACAUGCAGCUAUUGUAGCAGAGCUGCUCAAUUAUAAUGUCAGUUUGGAGCAUAGGGAUCUGGGAGGAUGGACUGCUUUGAUGUGGGCGUCAUAUAAGGGCCGUACUGAAGUAGCUAAACUGCUGCUUGAGAAAGGAGCAAAUCCGAACAUUACAGGAAUGCAAUACAGUGUUUAUCCAAUUAUUUGGGCAGCAGGACGGGGCCACUCAGAUAUAGUACAUCUUUUACUGCAGCAUGGAGCUAAAGUGAACUGCUCUGACAAAUAUGGAACCACUCCACUGGUUUGGGCAGCGAGGAAAGGUCAUUUGGAGUGUGUGAAAUACUUGCUGCAAAUGGGAGCUGAUGUUGAUCAAGAAGGAGCUAAUUCUAUGACUGCACUUAUUGUAGCAGUGAAGGGUGGCUAUACUGACUCAGUAAAAGAAAUACUGAAAAGGAACCCAAAUGUAAACUUAACAGAUAAAGAUGGAAAUACAGCUUUGAUGAUUGCGUCAAAGGAAGGACAUACUGAAAUCGUGCAGGAUCUUCUUGAUGCUGGAACUUAUGUGAACAUUCCUGAUAGAAGUGGAGAUACAGUUCUGAUUGGGGCUGUUAGAGGAGGUCAUGUUGAAAUUGUGAGGGCCCUGCUCCAUAAAUACGCUGAUAUAGACAUCAGAGGUCAGGAUAAUAAAACUGCUUUAUAUUGGGCAGUUGAGAAAGGAAAUGCUACAAUGGUGAGGGAUAUCUUACAGUGCAACCCUGAUACUGAAACAUGUACAAAGGAUGGAGAAACGCCGCUUAUAAAGGCAACCAAGAUGAGAAAUAUUGAAAUAGUAGAGCUUCUUCUGGAUAAAGGAGCUAAGGUCUCUGCUGUAGACAAGAAAGGAGAUACUCCACUUCAUAUUGCCAUUCGUGGACGAAGCCGUAAACUUGCUGAGUUACUCUUAAGGAACCCAAAAGAUGGUAGAUUGCUUUAUAGACCCAACAAAACAGGAGAAACACCUUACAAUAUUGACUGUAGCCACCAGAAGAGUAUUUUAACACAGAUAUUUGGAGCCAGACACUUGUCUCCUACGGAGUCUGAUGGUGACAUGCUGGGCUACGAUCUGUACAGCAGUGCUUUGGCUGACAUUCUGAGUGAACCAACCAUGCAGCCACCUAUCUGUGUAGGCUUAUAUGCACAGUGGGGAAGUGGAAAAUCCUUCCUGCUCAAGAAACUGGAAGAUGAAAUGAAGACUUUUGCAGGACAGCAGAUUGAACCUCUGUUUCAGUUCUCCUGGCUUAUUGUAUUCCUCACGGUUAUGCUGUGUGGUGGUUUGGGUUUAUUGCUUGCUUUCACAGUGGAUGCAAAGCUUGGAAUAGCCGUGUCACUCAGCUUAUUAGCAGUUCUCUACAUUUUCUUUACUGUAAUUUACUUUGGUGGCCGAAGAGAAGGUGAGAGCUGGAACUGGGCCUGGGUAUUAAGUGCAAGAUUGGCAAGACAUAUUGGAUAUUUAGAGUUGCUUCUCAAACUCAUGUUUGUGAACCCACCAGAAUUACCAGAGCAAACCACUAAAGCCUUACCUGUCAGGUUUUUGUUUACAGACUACAAUAGACUGUCCAGUGUAGGUGGAGAAACCUCAUUGGCUGAGAUGAUUGCUACUCUCUCUGAUGCAUGUGAACGGGAAUUUGGUUUCCUAGCAACAAGGCUAUUUCGAGUUUUCAAGACAGAAGAUACACAAGGUAAAAAGAAAUGGAAGAAGACUUGCUGUCUCCCGUCCUUUGUGAUUUUCCUGUUCAUACUGUCUUGCGUUGUUUCUGCAAUUGCCCUGCUGGCCAUUUUUAAUGUAGAGCCAGCCAACAUGACAGUGAAUGUUAUUCUUAUAACGGUAACCUGUGUUGUUGGUUUGGCCUUUAUCUUGAAUUGUCGCACGUGGUGGCAAGUGAUGGAUUCAGUUCUAAAUUCUCAAAGAAAACGUCUUCACAAUGCUGCCUCCAAGCUUCACAAGUUGAAAAGUGAGGGUUUCAUGAAGGUUUUGAAAUGUGAAGUGGAACUGAUGGCUAGAAUGGCAAAAACCAUUGACAGCUUCACUCAGAACCAGACAAGGCUUGUUGUGAUUAUUGAUGGAUUGGAUGCUUGCGAACAGGACAAAGUUCUACAGAUGCUAGAUACUGUGAGAGUCUUGUUUUCAAAAGGCCCAUUUAUUGCUAUUUUUGCAAGUGACCCGCAUAUUAUUAUAAAGGCUAUUAACCAGAAUCUCAACAGCGUUCUGCGGGAUUCAAACAUAAAUGGACAUGAUUACAUGCGAAACAUAGUCCAUUUGCCCGUUUUUCUGAAUAGCCGAGGGCUUAGUAAUGCGAAAAAACUAAUGGUAGCUUCAACAACCAAUGGGGAUAUUCCUUAUACAGAUAAUGCAGGAUUGCAUGAAGAGGUUGACAGGAGAGUUUCUCAGAACAGCCUUGGAGAUAUGACCAAGCUUGGUAGCAAAACUGCUCUCAAUAGGCGGGAUACUUACCGAAGACGCCAGAUGCAACGUACCAUUACCCGCCAAAUGUCUUUUGAUUUGACCAAGCUGUUGGUUACAGAGGAUUGGUUCAGUGAUAUCAGUCCUCAGACCAUGAGAAGAUUGCUAAAUAUUGUUUCAGUGACAGGUCGUUUACUGAGAGCUAAUCAGAUUACAUUCAACUGGGACAGACUGGCUAGCUGGAUCAAUCUCACAGAGCAGUGGCCCUAUAGAACUUCGUGGCUCAUACUGCAUCUUGAAGAGACGGAAGGUGUUUCAGAUCAGCUGACUUUAAAAACCAUCUAUGAGAGAAUUUCAAAGAAUAUUCCUACAACUAAAGAUGUCGAACCUCUGCUUGAAAUUGAUGCAGAUAUACGGAACUUUGAAGUAUUUUUAUCUUCGCGGACACCUGCUCUUGUUGCACGUGAUGUAAGAACCUUUUUGCCAUGUACUGUGAACCUAGAUCCCAAGCUGCGAGAAAUCAUUGCAGAUGUUCGUGCUGCAAGAGAUCAAAUGAAUAUUGGAGUACUUCCUUAUCCCACCUUGCCUUUACAUGAGGCGCCUGCUAGAGCAACAUCUCUGUUCAGUCAGCCUUCGUCAGCGUGCUCUUCUACAACCUCUUUCAACGGACCUUUCAAUAGCGGAGUUCUAUCACCACAGCCCCAUAGCAGUUACUAUAGUGGUAUGACAGGACCUCAGCAUCCAUUUUACAAUCGGCCAUUCUUUGCCCCAUAUCUUUACAUGCCAAGGUAUUACCCUGGCAGUUCUCAUCUCAUCUCACGUCCACCACUAAAAACGAGUUUGUCCAGAGAUCAGAGCAAUGGCCUAGAUGUUAUCAAGGAGGAUGCUGAUGAGGGGCUUCCUUCACCCACAGACCCCUCAAUGGGAGCAGGAGCAGGCGCAGGAUCGACCGCAGGAGCAUCACACGUGUCUCUGAGCACAAUGAGCGUGGAAGCUGUGUCUGAGAAGCUGAAGCAGAUCGAUGGUCUGGACCAGAGCAUGCUGCCUCAGUACUCUGCAACUAUAAGAAAGGCAAAUAUAAAUGGCCGUGUCUUGGCUCAGUGCAACAUUGAUGAACUGAAAAAAGAAAUGAAUAUGAAUUUUGGUGACUGGCAUCUGUUCAGGAGCAUGAUACUUGAAAUGAGAAACUCAGAAAAUCAGGCUGUUCAGGAAGAUCCUCGUGGAACGACUGAGCAUGUUACCACUGCGAUUCCUCAUAGUGAGCUUACUCGUCGUCCUGGCCAUAACACUGAGUUGCCUCACACUGAGAUUACAGGUCUUUCUGGUCAAGCUCCCUACACACUUAACUUCAGCUUUGAGGAACUCAACACAAUUGGUCUUGAUGAAGCUCCUCCACGCCACAGUAACUUAAGUUGGCAGUCACAAACACGUAGAACUCCGAGUCUUUCGAGUCUUAACUCUCAGGAUUCAAGUAUUGAAAUAUCAAAGCUUACUGACAAGGUACAGGCAGAAUACAGAGAUGCAUAUAGAGAGUACAUUGCUCAAAUGUCACAGUUAGAAGGAGGCGCAAAUUCUACUACAGUAAGUGGUAGGUCCUCCCCUCAUAGCUCAAGUGCUUUCUAUAUGGGGCAGAGUACAUCUGGGGGUUCCCUGCAUUCCAGUGCAGAACAGGAAAAAGGGAAAGAUGGUGAACAGAAACAAGACGAUGGCAGGAAGUCCUUCUUGCUGAAGAGGAAUGAUGCUGAUUACAGUACUUCAGGUGUUUCUACUAGUGAUGCGUCUCCUUUGGAUCCUAUUACUGAGGAAGAUGAAAAAUCUGACCAGUCUGGCUCUAAGCUUCUCCCAGGAAAGAAGUCUUUGGAAAGAACAAGUAUUUUCCAGGCAGCAGAUUUAAAGCUUAAAGGAGUUACUCUCCGGUAUCAGAAGCUUCCAAGUGAUGAAGAUGAGUCAGGAACUGAGGAAUCAGAUAAUACUCCACUUCUUAAGGAAGGUAAAGAUAAGAAAACAGAUGGCAAAAUAGACAAACAGCCCAAAUCUCCAGAACAUGGAUCUGAACCUAUUAGAACCUUCAUCAAAGCAAAGGAAUAUUUGACAGAUGCCCUUUUGGAUAAAAAAGAUUCAUCUGACUCUGGUGUAAGAUCCAAUGAAAGUUCUCCAAAUCAUUCCCUUCAUAAUGAAGGAGCAGAUGAUUCACAGCUUGAAAAGGCCAAUCUCAUUGAGCUUGAAGAUGACAGUCACAGUGGAAAGAGAGGAAUUCCACACAGCCUUAGUGGUCUUCAAGAUCCAGCAGUGGUUCGCAUGUCUAUUUGCUCAGAAGAUAAGAAAAGCCCCUCUGAAAGCAGCUUGAUAGCGAGUAGCCCAGAAGAGAACUGGCCAUCUUGCCAGAAAGUCUACAAUUUAAAUAGAACCCCUAGUACAGUAACCCUAAACAAUAACAGUGCUCCAAACAACCGAGCUAAUCAGAAUUUUGAAGAAAUACAAGGUAUCGGAGAUUCACCACAAAUUAUCCUGCACCCUGGCUCAGGUUCCAAUUCAGCUGCGGUUCAGAACGAGAACCUGAAGACCGUUGCUCACAAGCGGAGUCAGCGUUCAAGUUAUACCAGGCUUUCCAAAGAUUCAUCGGAGCUCCACACUGUUACUGCCUCAGAAGGGGCUGGUUUUGGAGAAGAAAGAGAGAGUAUCCUGUAAAAAGCAGCCAGGUUAAAACAGAGUCUGGCCAUGAAUUGUAGCUUGCUUAGAGUUCUUUGUCAGUGUCUGGUUACAUUCAGCUCUGUAGUUUAAGCUUUCAAUAUUAUAAUAGAAGGUCUAGAUCAUUUUCAGUCACUUUUUCAAGACAAGAAGUA